CUACACAAACAAACCCCCUCAUCCGCACUCCGAACAACUUUGAACAUGACUUAUUCUUCGUAAUCCAUACUCAGGACGGUCUUCAACUUCUCUAAUCAAGAUGUCUAAGGCAGCUAGUAAACGGAAUAAACUCGCUGAGCUGAAAGCUCUGCGGGCUGCUGGCAAAAAGGCCUACGACGCUUAUGAGAUUGAAGAAGAAGGAGCCUUAUACGAGGAGGUUGACGAAAAUCAGUACAAAAAGAUCGUCCGUGAUCGUCUGAACCAAGACGACUUCGUCGUCGACGACAACGGAGAGGGUUACGCUGAUGAUGGACGAGAGGAUUGGGACCGCGUGCAUACUUACGAAUCCGAAAGCGAGGAUGAAGUGUUGCUCGGAGGGAAACCUCGCAAGUCAGACAAGAAGAAGCGUGACGAGGAAAAGGCAAAGCGAGACGCGAACGACCGUGACAUCAGCGAGUUUUUCAGAAAAGGCCAAAGUGCUGCUCAGCCAAAGCCAAAGAUCGUGAAAACCGAAGACGAUGAAAGAUUCCUAGCGAAUCUACUUGGCGAAGUCGAUUCAAAUAUACCCGCUCCGGUCUCGCGGGCUCCAAAACGACAUAGAUCUCCCGAACGACGGAGGGCCCGUGUUUUGUCGCCCAUCCGAGAAAGUCGCCAACCAGUCACCAAGAAAGCGAGGCUUAGUGAAGAACGAGUAUUACCAACACCUCAAGCCGAAGGUGCUCCUAUUGAUGACGAUGACUUCCUCCCGCCCAUGGAUGACGACGAUCUUUCACUGCCAGUUGCUGAUAUGCCCAUGAGCGAGACUGGUCCGGCUCCCUCAUCUCCCACGGCGGCGGCCGUUGCGCGCAAGGCCCAGGUUAAGAUCGAGCCUGUGGACGAGGAUGAGGAGAUGAUGGAAGUCUCUCAUGCUGGGGCAGUCAACGCCGGCAGUGUGAACUUGUCUGCAUCUCGACCUAUCAAAAAGCUAGCUAAACCUGAUCCCUAUCCUUCCCCUGCCAGCUCGUCUCCAGCAAAGGCUCAGGAGGCAGCCGUUGACUCAUCAUCAUGGAAUAACCUCACAAGUAAACUGAACGUUGUGAGCAGCCCGGUUGCUGACAACAGAGUUAUUGGCAAGAUGGACUACAAGGAUGCUAUUGAGGAAGAUGGCAGUCUUAACAUGUUCUGGACAGACUAUACGGAGGUCAACGGUUCGCUUUGCUUGUUUGGUAAAGUGCUAAACAAGAAAACGAACUCUUAUGCAAGCUGUUUCGUGAAAGUCGAUAAUAUUCUGAGGAAGCUAUACUUCCUGCCUCGCAAGUAUCGCCAAAAAGGUGGACAGGAUACAAGCGAGGAAGUAGAAAUGAUGGAUGUCUACGCAGAAGUCGACGAGUUCAUGACCAAAAUGAAAGUUGACAUGCACAAGAUAAAGCCUUGUACCAGGAAGUAUGCUUUUGAGCUCCCUGACAUUCCGAAAGAAGGGCAGUAUCUAAAGCUUCUAUACCCCUAUACCAAGCCACAAAUCCCUUCGGAAAUAACAGGGGAGACCUUUUCCCAUGUGUUCGGUAGCAACACCGCAUUAUUCGAGCAGUUUGUGCUAUGGAAGAACAUUAUGGGCCCUUGCUGGCUCAAAAUACAAAAUGCCGACUUUGGUGCUCUGAAGAACUCUUCUCAUGCUAAACUCGAGGUUCUCGUUAAAGAUCCCGAUACUAUAUCCUCCAUGAGCGACACCGAUAAUUUAGACGCACCUCCUCUCACGCUCAUGAGUAUCGCUAUGCGAACUACCUUCAACGCUAAAGACAACAAGCAAGAGAUACUUGCAAUAAGCGCCCGUGUUUAUGACAACAUUUUACUCAGCGACACUACGCCUGCAGAGAAAAUUCCUUCAAGAACAUUCACGGUGAUGAGACCGAAUGGACCUACGUUUCCAUUGGGUUUCGAGAGGCUGGCUGUGUCACGGAAGAAAGCACUGACCAAAUUAUAUAAACAAGAAGGAGAGAUUCUGUCUUUCUUUUUAGCUCAACUCGACAUCGUCGAUCCUGAUGUAAUUCUUGGCCAUCAACUCGAAGGUGUUGAUUACAGCGUCCUGGUAAAUCGGAUACACGAGAGAAAGACACCUCAAUGGUCUCGACUUGGGCGACUGCGCAGAGCCGCAUGGCCAGCAUCAAUAGGGAAGGCUGGUGGUAAUGUGUUUGCAGAACGUCAACUUAUGGCUGGCCGUCUUUUAUGUGACCUUGCCAAUGACGCUGGAAAGUCCGUUAUGUACAAGUGCCAGUCUUGGAGCUUGACAGAAAUGUGCAAUAUCUAUCUCGGCGGAGACACUCUCAGGCGAGAUUUCGAUAAUGACGCUGCUCUGAAGACCUGGGCAACGGAAAAGGAGGGUCUGAUGGACUACAUAACCCAUAUGGAAGCGGACACAUACUUCAUUGCCGCACUAGCCCUGGGUACCCAGAUACUACCUUUGACGAAAGUCUUGACCAACUUAGCAGGAAACUCUUGGGCUCGAACACUGACGGGUACUCGAGCUGAACGGAACGAGUAUAUUUUACUGCAUGAGUUCCAUCGCAACAAGUACAUCUGCCCCGACAAGCAAUUCUUUAAAGGCCGACCCAAGGUUGAAGAAAACAACGACGAGGACGCCGCAGCAAACAAAAAGAAGGAUAAAUAUAAGGGUGGUCUAGUCUUUGAACCAGAGAAGGGUCUAUAUGAUAAGUUUGUACUUGUCAUGGAUUUCAACUCCCUGUACCCUUCUAUUAUCCAAGAGUUUAACAUCUGCUUCACUACCGUCGACUGGAGCUCAUUGUCGAAUGAUGAAGACGCAGUACCGGAAGUUCCGACGCAGCAAGACCAAGGUAUAUUACCAAGACUUAUCGCCACUCUCGUUAGCCGAAGACGAGCAGUCAAGUCACUCAUGAAAGACAAGAACGCUACACCCGAGCAGCUCGCUACAUGGGAUAUUAAACAGCUUGCCUUGAAACUAACAGCCAACUCUAUGUACGGAUGUUUGGGAUUCGACAAAUCCCGUUUCUACGCCAGACCUCUUGCCGUUCUCACAACCUACAAGGGUCGUGAGAUUCUCCGUAGCACCAAGGAACUUGCAGAGUCGAAAGCUCUCCAAGUUAUCUAUGGUGAUACCGAUUCGGUCAUGAUCAACGCCAACGUAGACUCGGUCGCGGACGCACUCAAGGUUGGUCAGGAGUUCAAGAAGGCCGUCAACGAGCGAUAUCGCCUAUUGGAGAUCGAUAUUGACAACGUCUUCCGACGUAUCUUGCUACAAAACAAGAAGAAGUACGCGGCCAUCAAUCUCGUCGAAGUACCAGGUGGCAAGUACAUUGAGAAGAUGGAAGUCAAAGGUCUUGAUAUGAAACGAAGAGAAUACUGUGGCAUAUCAAAAGAGAUAUCAUCUCGCAUCCUCAACGAGAUUCUGUCCGGUGACGAGGCGGAGGUCUCUGUCCAGCGUAUACAUGAGUAUCUGCGCGAGAUAUCGGGCAAGAUGCGAGAACACGCGAUUCCCGUCCAAAAAUAUAUAAUCUACACACAACUAGGCAAGGCGCCGGAGGAAUAUCCAAAUGCAGAUUCGAUGCCCCAAGUCCAGGUUGCUCUUCGAGAAAUUGCACGAGGCAAGACUGUUCGACGCGGAGAGGUCAUCUCGUACAUCGUUACCGGGGACAGCAAGACAAGCUCAGAGCCCGUGGCCAAGCGCUCGUACACGCCGCAAGACGUCAUGAAGGCCGGCUCCGAUCUCAAGGUGGACGUCGAAUGGUACAUCGGCAAACAGAUCUUCCCGCCCGUCGAGCGUCUCUGCGCCAACAUCUCGGGAACAUCUACCGCGCAGCUCGCCGAGCAGCUCGGCCUCGACAUACGCCGCUACGCGAGCAACUCGUCCUUCAACCAGUCGGGCUCCAACGACCUCGAGAUCCACCCGCUGGAGUCCCAGAUCCCCGACGAGAUCCGGUUCCGCGACUGCGCGCGCCUGUCGCUGCGCUGCCGCAAGUGCAAGGCCUCGGCGCCGUUCGAGGGCCUUUUGCCCUCUUCUACAGAACAACCGGAAAACCGCAUCACGCCCCAGGGCGUAACGUGCCCGGCGUGCGGAUCGCUGAUCCCGAACCUCACCAUCGUGGCGCAGGUGGAGCACGCGAUCCGCGCGCAGACGGCGCGGUACUACGAGGGCUGGCUCGUGUGCGACGACACCUCGUGCGGCAACCGCACGCGCCAGAUGUCCGUGUACGGCACGCGGUGCCUCGGGCCCAAGGGCCUCGCGUCGGGCUGCCUCGGCAAAAUGCGCUACGAGUUCGGCGAGCGCGACAUGUAUAACCAGCUCGUGUACUUCGCCGGCCUCUGGGACGUCGACAAGGCGCGCGCCAAGGCGGCGUCCGGCGCCACGGGUCUAGGUGGUAAGGGCAACGGCGGUAGCUUGGAUGCCGAGGAGAGGGCGAGGGUUAAUGCGCUGGCGGAGCAUAACCGCGUGAGGUUUACGACGGUUAAGGGCGUGGUGGAUAAGUAUUUGGAUAAGUGCGGGCGACAGUGGGUUGCUAUGGAUACGCUGUUUGGGAAGUUGGGGUUUGUGGCUGGUCCUCCUGCUGCUGCUACUUAGAUAGGCGGUCGUUGAAGUGCGGUUGCCUUGAUCUGGGUCUAGGUACGUGCAUGGAAAUCACGGGUUGAAGUUGGCAUGACGGGAAGGGACGAAUGAAUGGGUUAGGGUUUAUUGAGGUUGUGUCUACUACUAUUACUACCGCUGCCACCACUAGCUACAUCUUUUAAGUAGGCAUUUAUCAUGGCGACGGGAGUUCCGGUUGCGGGAUGCGAUGAAUUAGUUACGUCUAGUUAAGUAAAGCAAAGCAAAGCAAAGCAGAGCAGAGCAGAGCGAAGCAUGGAUCCUGCUUUCGUCUAAUGAAUUUUCUCAUAUUGUUCCAA